GUUUCGUUUUUUGCUUGCCUUAAUUGCAUUUUCAGUGCAUCGCUCAGGAAGGCAGAGGGAUGAUUUGUACACCCAGGAGGGAAGGCUGAAGGGGUGGCGGGUGCACAGAAGCCUUUCCCAGGCGACCCCUCCUGCUCGUUCCCAUGUUGCGAUUUAAAACGGGCAGGCCAGAGAGGGUGGCUGCAUGUGGCCAUCACGUGGGCUGGCUUUUUUGGCCUAGGCAAAGGGGUGCCAUGCUGUUGAAAUAAUGCCAUUUUGCCUUGGGCACUGGGCUUCCAAUCAGGCAAAGGGUCUAGCUAGCGCCCUGCAGAGUUAACCUGUGGAACUGCCUGCCACAGGAGGCAGCGGGAUGGCCUUAAAGCGGAUUGCACAAAUCCACAGAGGAGAAGGCUGGUUGGCCGCUGUGAGAACAGGAUGCUGGACUAGGUGGGCUGCUGGCUCUGGAAACCCGCAAGCCGGACCUGAGCCCAAGAGCCCUCUCGCCUCCUGCUGCGGUCUCCAGCAACUCGUAUUCAGAAGCAUCAUCGCUGCCUCCUACCACCUGCUGGGUGGCUGAGCCCACCCAGCUCUUCUGAUUUCCCAUAAUGCCCAGAGGGAUGGCAGGGCAUUGUGGGCAACUGGAACAGUAGCUAGCCCCCGUUGCAUGACGCUGCUUGGAGCGGCACAAAAAGAAAAACUUAUGGGGCCAGGGAGCACCAGCAGUUGUGGCCGCAGAAGCUGCCCACAGGUGCUAGGUGCCGGCGAUGGCUUUGGUACACUGCAAGGCAGCCUUUGCCCACCUGGUACCUUCCAGGUGUUGCUGGCUGGGGCUGAUGGGAGCUUGUAGUCCAACACCUCUGGAAGGCAACAGGUUGGCCAGAAGUUUCUACAUGGGGACUGCCCUUCCGAACGAUGUGUGCGUCAUUCAAUCGCAGCCGACAAGGAUGCUCAGAUCCUCCCAUAACUGGAAAACUGCUUUCUUCGUUUUGUUAGAGCGCGAUGCUGAUAAGGUUGCAGGGUCAAUCCCAGCUACGUAUUAUCGCAUUGCAGGGGGUUUGCCUAGAAUGAUCCUCAGGGUCCCUUCCAACUCUGCAGUUCUGUGAUUCCUGGCUAUUCUUCCCUCACAGGCCUGUUGUAAGGAAAGCGCAAGGUGCCAUUGUGUGGUUGCACACUUAAAAGGGCAGGAGCGAGUCCCGAGAUUAAAAGUGGUGGUGCAGUGGUUAGGAAGGGGGCGUGGUCUAGGACUGGGAAGGGCCAGGUUUAAAUUCCUGGUCAGCUACGAAGCUUACAGGGCACCCUUGGGCCACCAGUCGCUCUUAGCCUAACCUACCUCACAGGGUUGUUGUGAGGGUGGAAAGAGAUGGGGUGGCAUUGAGAAUCAUGCAUGCUUUAAGCUCAUUGGAAGAAGAGUGGGGCUUCAAAUUGUAAUAAAGGGGGAAAGAAAUAGCAUCUGAAGGUGGGGUCCAUAUCUUACUCAUCUUCAUUUGUUUCCCCCCAGAAUACAUAAUUAAUUCCUCAUUUUGCCUCUGGGAGUCAUUUUUGCUGUGCAGUGAAUAUGCACGGCAGGUUGAAGGUUAAAACGACAGAGGAGCAGGCCGAAGCCAAGCGCAUUGAGCGGGAGAAGAAGCUGCGCCAAUAUGUGACGGCCACAAAAGCCAUCUUUGAGAAGAGGAAAUUGGGGCAGCUGGACAAGGAAGCCUUGGAGCUGACCAGCCAGAUCUUGGGCGCCAACCCAGACUUUGCCACCCUCUGGAACUUCCGCCGAGAGAUCUUCCUUCACCUGCAGGAGGAGACCCCGGAGGAGAUGCAAGCCCUCUGCAAGGCAGAGCUGUCCUUCCUGGAGUCCUGCCUGCGGGUCAACCCCAAAUCCUAUGGGACGUGGCACCACCGCUGCUGGGUGAUGGAGCACACCCCGGAGCCGGAUUGGGCCCGUGAGCUGGAGCUGUGCAGCAAGUUCCUGGAGAGCGACGAACGCAACUUUCACUGCUGGGACUACCGGCGCUUCGUGGUGCGGCAGUCUCAGGUCGCCCCCCAGGACGAGUUGGCAUUCAGCGACAGCCUCAUCACCCGGAACUUCUCCAACUACUCCUCUUGGCACUAUCGCAGCCACCUCCUCCCGCAGCUUUACCCCGAUGCCCAACAGCAAGGCCGGAUCACGGAGGACAUCCUGCUGAAAGAGCUGGAGCUGGUGCAGAAUGCCUUCUUCACCGAUCCGAAUGACCAGAGCGCCUGGUUCUAUCAUCGCUGGCUCCUGGGCAGAGCUGACCCAGAACCGACAAUUCGCUGUGUCUACGUCAGCCGAGAGGACACCUCCUUAGCAGUCACCUUCUCCCACCCUGUGGCAGUGGCACCGGCGUCUCACGACCUGAUUGUGUUUGGAGACGAAUCGCCCCUUGUCGUACGCUGGCACACCCCUGAUAGAAGGAACAGGCCUGGGUUUAUGUGGCUCUGCGACUUGCCAGCUUCUGCCCUGAAUGACCACUGGCCGCAGCACACUUUCCGGGUCUUAUGGGCAGAGGGCCAGUCCCAGAAGGAGUGUGUCCUUUUUAAAGGACACAGGGAUUGCUGGAGCCAAGAUUCAGUCACUGAGGAGCAAAUUUUCAGGUGUGAGCUGUCCAUUGAGAAAUCCACAGUACUGCAGUCCGAACUUGAAUCCUGCAAGGAAUUGCAGGCCUUGGAGCCAGAGAACAAGUGGUGCCUCUUGACCAUCAUCCUCCUCAUGAGGGCCUUAGACCCCUUGGUUUAUGAGCACGAGACCCUCAGCUACUUUACGACUCUGAAGGCAGCUGACCCCACGCGCUCGGCCUACCUGGAUGACCUCCGCAGCAAAUUCCUGAUUGAAAACAGCAUCCUCAAGAUGGAAUACGCCGAGGCCCGCGUCGUGGACUUGUCCCAGAGGGGCCUCACCAUUCUGUGCCACCUGGAGCACCUACUUCUGGUCACUCACAUGAACAUCUCGGACAACCUCCUCCACUGCUUGCCGCCCACACUGGCCAUGAUGCGCUGCCUUGAGGUGCUGGAGGCCGACGGCAACCAGAUCGAGACCCUCGAAGGCCUGCCCCCGCUCCCUCUCCUGGAGGAACUCUCCCUCUGCAACAACCGCAUCCAGCAGCCUUCUGGGCUCCGCGCCCUCGCCUCCUUCCCCAAGCUCGCCCACCUCAACCUGCAAGGCAACCCUCUCUGCCAAAUCCCCAGCGUCCAGUCGGAGCUUGCCGCCUUGCUGCCCAAUGUGGGCACCAUCCUGACCUGAUGGGUUUUGCAGGAGACCCUGCUCGACACACGCACACACACCCUGUCACCCCCCACUAUUCCUCCACACACACACACACCCACUGACCCCCUUUUAAUUUAUUGGCAUGAGGAACUGAUGAAAUAAAAAAGGUGAAUUGUUGCUGUGAGUCGCUACCGAUGUCAGCAGAAUUGGGGGCGGGGGUAUCCCAGGAAUGUUCCCCGUUCCUGCAGCUGCACCCCUCUCACGCACACCACAAACGCAUAUCGAAUGCAGCUGAUAAAAUGUGUGUAGCCUCAGAAAUAAUAUCAGAAGACUGUUCUCACAACGGCCAGCCGCAAAAGCCCAACAGUUCCUGAAUGAUCUCCCAGUGAGAGUCCUUGGUAAGCCUUUUAUGGAGGACUUAACAGAUUAGACAACUGGGCCAAAGCAAACAAGAUGAAUUUUAACAAGGAGAAAUGAAAGGCACAAAUACAGGAUGGGUGACACCUGGCUUGAGAGCAGUACAUGUGAAAAGGAUCUAGGAGUCUUGGUAGACCACAAACUUGACAUGAGUCAGCAGUGUGAUGCAGCAGCUAAAAAAGCCAAU